CCAGUAUGACUUUCCUCUUAAUUCUGCGCCUCGGGCCCUUUACCUCGCAAAACGAGUCGGGACCGGAAAACAGGAUCCAAGUACACAGCGACUGGGCAAAUGCAGCUGUUUUAUAAAGAGUCGUGACUUUUGUCUACAGCAACAGCAGCUAUUUACGAACGUAAACAUACAUAACAGCUGCGCGCUCAACAGCUGGCCGAGUCACCGUGAGCCAAAACUGCUGCCACUUCACAGCUCCUGUAAGCCCUGGCCCAUACAACAAGUCAGAUUAUAGCUGAGCUCAUAGGAAAACAACGCUGCCCGGCGGUCUUAUGCGAUGACGACUGCGGCGACGGGCCUCGCUGCUCGCAAGUUUGGCAAAUGGCCCUUGGCAGAGCAUGCGUCAAGCGGCGAGGACGACGUGUGGGACGAGUCAAAGGUUGACCAGGGUGAAGAGGGCAGCACCGCCGACGAGCGGCUCCAUGGUAGCGGCAGCCCCACCACUAGCCAUGCCAGCAGCAACUUCAGCAGCAGCAUCCUUGCCAAGUCGCCGGAGGACGCGCUGGCCGCCAUGUUUGACCAGCGGGUGCAGCUGUUGUCCAGCACGCUGGAGGGCCUGAAGGGCAAGUGCGAGGUGCUGCAGGAGCAGCUGGCGGAGUCGAGCGCUGUGUGCACCAGCUACGCCUCCAGGCUGGCGCGGAGUGAAGACGGCGCGCGGCGGUUGCGUGUGGAGUCUGAGCUGGGCAGGGAGCGGGAGCGGCAGCUGCAGCAGGAGGCCGCCCGGCUGGAGGCGCUGCUGGAGGCCAGCCGCCUGCAGGCCUCCUACUCCGAGGCGCGGCACCAGGCGGCCAUGGCGGAGGAGCGGGCGCGGGCGGAGCGGCUGCGGGCCAUGCGGGACGAUGCACUGCUGCAGCGGGACACGGCGCUGAGUGAGCUGUCGGGCUGCUACGCGGACGUGGAUGCCCUGCAGGCCACGCUCGCGGACUCGGCGCUGUAUGUGCGCUACCUGCGCAAGAGGCUGCUGGAGCUGGAGCUGCAGCUGGCGCGGCAACAGCAGCAACAGCAGCAGCAGCAACACCAACAGCAGCCGACUUCAGACGGCGGCUCCGGCUCUGGGUCUGCGUCCGGUGGCGGUGGUGGUGGCGGUGCGGGUGUGUUCAGCCUGGCCACCAUCCGCACCGCCAUCCACGGGGCGGUGGCGGAGGCGGCUGCGUGCGGCGAGGAGGAGCGGCGCAAGCGGGUGCGGCAGCUGCAGCUGCGCUGGCAUCCAGACAAGAACCCGGUGCUGACGGAGUUUGCGACCGAGGUGUCCAAGAUCAUCAACGAGGCCGUGGCAGAGAUGGAGCAGCGCGCAGCGGCCGGCGGAGCAGGAGGCGGAGGAGGCGGCGGAGGAGGGGUGCAGCGUGACUUGUGAAAGGGGCGGGAGGGGGGGAAGGGCGGCGGCAUGCAGCCAGUGGCGUAGUGAGUCUGGGGGUGCAGCGCGCUGCGAUGUGCGGUGCACCCAGUGGCGGCCCUGGUGGCGGCAGCAGCAGUGCGCAAGUGGUGGUGCGAUUAUCAGCGCCGAUGCACACGGGCAGGCCUGCAGGGGCGACGGACAGGCGGUACAUGCGGGGAGGCGCCGGCGCGAAGUGUCAAAGGUCUGGCACAGGACGGCGGCAGUUAGCCAACCCGCCUGUCAUUGUUAUCGUGUGGUGCCACUACUGCAGCGGUGCUGGGCACUGUGAAUGUAACCGAGUUGUUGACGGCAAUGCGGACAAGGCCAGCGGUGUCGACGGCGAUAGAACGGCUUGAUGGAUGCGCGCCCUGCGGUGGUGGGUGGCAUGAACUGACGGCUGCCUGAUGCUGUGGCAACACCGGCACGUGGUGGCACGUGGCGGCGUGUCUUGGCUGCCUGUAUUUGGGGCGGACAGCCGUCGGAGUACGGGGCCCGGGGGCGGCAGCUAGCCAGCAACGAGCCCCUCGGACAUCCCGGGGAAGGCAAGCAGCGCUAGGCAGCACGACGCAGCCUGUUAAGUCUAGCUAG